GCAGGCUACUAAAUUACCAUUCAUUCCACCCACUUUCCAUGAAGAUGAACGUAGCCAAAAACUUUAUCGAAAGAGUAACUCGACUCACUACGGAUAAUACCACCAACAUACAGCAUACAAUUUUCCAGCAUCUCCGCCGUAAUAAUUACCCCGCCACACUCAUAAACAGGCUCAUACAACGGUCUAAAAACACCACGCACGAAGAUGCCUCCAACACUGCACCAUUAACCAUAAGAAACCACAGUCAAAGCAUAUCAACAUGCAAUCACAGUCCAACAGUCCCACCGAACGAACAGAUAUAUAGAUCCCUGCCGCACGUGCCAACACUCAGUACAUCCAUAGCGAAAAUGCUCAAACCAGACUAUCCCAAUGUAAAAAUAGCUACAAAGCCUAUCAACACAGUAUCAAAACUACUGCCAAACACAAAAGACUCGGUUGACCCAUUGCUGCAGUCUAAUAUCAUUUACAGCCUGUCAUGCGAUAAUUGCACAAUGAGUUAUUUGGGCAUGACACGCAACCAGCUUAGAACCAGGCUAUAUGGCCAUAAAAGCAAUAUUAACCAGUACCACAAACUGAUAGCUGAUGGUACGACCGACAGCAACGAACAGCUGAUCAGUCUCGGAGAGAAGACUGCCCUCAUCGAACACAUGAUACAACACAACCAUACCUUCGAUCUUACCAAAGCCAAAAUUAUUGACAGAACCUAUCGACCGACGGCUCUCCCGAUACUAGAAAUGUGCCACAUCACGAACACACUCAACACCGUAAAUCAUCGCACCGAUGUGGACGGGCUCAACACAACUUACGCAGGCAUUCUACAUACACUCAGAACUACCAAUACUCGCCGCAAUAAAGCUUCCGAACCAGACACAAGUAAUAGAACACUUUUGGCCCAUGAUAGAUAGUUACCGUUUCGGGUCACCAUCUUUAAAUCAUACGUUGUAAUACCGGUGGAUGUGCAUAUCGAGCUCCGUGACCAAUAGUGCACCCAGAUGGUUUUUAUUGCGAAAAAUCCCCAUAUUUCCGACCAGAAAAAUUCGUGCAAAAUUCCCAAACCUCCCAUCGUUGGCAAUCAGCGAAUUCGACAAAGACGCGUAAAUUAGAGUAAGUUCACAAUGUCAAUGUCCCCCCUUUUUGUACCUUUCUGUUUUCCUUUUACUCACUAUGACAUGAAUAAAUUUUCCAGUUUUCCCUUGAAAAAGGCCAUCAAAAACGGCCGAAACGUCGGGCAAUCUAUAAAUAUAACGUUUGCUUAAGUAUAAUAGACUGAGAAAGCCGUAAAUAUCAGUGAAUGUUCCGUAACCAGUCGUCAAACAUCUUA